UGCCGUUUUUAUUUUUUAUUUUCAAUUUUAGUUCUUUGUUUUGCAUGAGCUCACAAAAUCCACUAAAUACCCAAACCCAUUAGGAGUUCAGUCUGCUUCUUUUUUUCAAUUCCCAUUUUCACUUUUCUCCCUUCGCUUUCUUUCCACCCAAUCACUCUUGUCCCCCUUUGUUUGUAUUAAUACAUAUAUAUAUAUAUACAUAUAUAUAAAACACUUUCUCAUUGAUUCUCUGGGAAAAGAAUGAGGUGGGAAAGGUUGCAACAACUCCAUUCGAGACAGGGCCAGGGAGAAGCUCAACAUCGACAGCAAGUGGGUGAGAUUUCUGGGCCAGGGAAGAGGUGGGGACACACCUGCAACGCCAUUAAGGAAGGGAGGUUCCUCUAUGUGUUUGGGGGUUAUGGCAAAGAUAACUGUCAGACUAACCAAAUACACGUCUUUGACACUGCCACUCAGAAAUGGAGUCAGCCAGUGAUAAAAGGCACACCUCCAACUCCCAGAGACAGCCACAGUUGUACCACUGUUGGUGAUAAUCUCUAUGUGUUUGGGGGUACUGAUGGGAUGAACCCUCUCAGGGAUUUGCAUAUAUUAGACACUUCCUCACAUACAUGGAUAUCCCCAUGUUUUAGAGGAGAGGGACCAGAGGCACGAGAAGGCCAUAAUGCAGCCCUUGUUGGUAAAAGAUUGUUUAUAUUUGGUGGUUGUGGCAAAUCUUUUAGUACUAAUGAUGAGGUGUAUUACAAUGAUCUCUACAUAUUAAAUAUCGAGACAUUUGUAUGGAAACGCGCCACAACAUCAGGCACUCCACCAUCCCCACGCGAUAGCCACACGUGCUCUUCUUGGAAGAACAAUGUUAUUGUGAUUGGCGGUGAAGAUGGGCAUGAUUAUUAUUUGUCAGAUGUUCAUAUCCUUGAUACAGAUACUCUGGUGUGGAGAGAGCUGAACACUUCAGGUCAAUUGUUGACCCCUCGAGCUGGCCAUUCAACUGUUGCUUUAGGCAAGAAAUUAUUUGUUUUUGGGGGAUUUACGGAUGCUCAAAAUCUGUACAAUGAUCUUUAUAUGCUAGAUAUUGAUACAGGUGUCUGGACCAAGGUGACAACAGUAGGUGAUGGGCCAUCUGCUAGAUUUUCUGUGGCAGGAGAUUGCUUGGAUCCACAGAAGAGAGGUGUUCUUGUAUUUUUGGGUGGCUGCAAUAAAAGUCUUGAGGCGCUGGAUGACAUGUUUUACUUGUACACAGGGAUUACUAGGGAAAGUGAGUUAAGACUAGAUAAAUUAUCUUUGAGGAAGCAAUUGAAGCUUAAGUGUCAAGAACAACUCGCUCCUAUUCAGGACAACACUCCUGCUAGACUUGAAGGUGGGGCUAAUAUGUACCAACCCUCGACUGUGCCAGUUUAUGGCCAAGCAGGCAUACAGAACUUCAGUUUAUUGCAGUCCCCAUCAUUUCAGAGCAAGAAAACCUUUCAAGCCAAGGUGACUGAAAGAAUAUCAGAUGGUUAUACUAUAGAAACAAUCAUUGAUGGAAAGCCUCUUCGUGGAAUCUUAUUUUCCAAUAGAUCAGACUAUCACCACAAAGCUAUUCCUAUUCCUAGUAGGAAGCGGGUUGCUGCGGAAACUGGAGGUGUUAUGUCAAAUGGUGAUUAUAGCAGCAAAACAAAAAGUUUUAGGGUCCUCAAGCAGGAUGCUGCAGAGAACAAACAAGUUGUUAAUGUUUAUGAGGAAUCAACAUCUCAUGUUCUGUGCAGUGAAGGGGCUGCAGUUCCUAUAGUCAAGGACCAAGCACCUUGUGAUACUUCUCAGCAACAGGUCACUUCUGACUUCAAAGUACUGGUGACUCCAAAUCUGGGAAAUGAACAAUUAAACAAUGCACCAAAAUCGAACCCCAUAACUCCAGGAGAAAAUAGGACAAGUAGCCCACCUAAUAAUGGUAGUGGAGAAAUUCUCAAAGACAUUGUGCCUGCUCCUGAAAACACUACUGAUCCUAUGUCCCUAGAUCCAGAUGACAAGACAUUAACCUCGGGCCGAAUCGAAGCAACAACAUCAAUUCAAAACUGAUUGUUGCCGAGAUUAGCAUACACACAACCAACCGAACAGCUAUUGUACAUUCAUCUAAGGUGAUCAUAGGACAGGAAUAUACAGAACUUGCUAACUAACUGGUGUAAUCUGCCACCGUCUAACACUUUUGGGUCUAAAGUAAUAGUUGUAUUUAGUUCUAGUUCUAGUCUAAAACUGGUGACUUGUUGAUUACUUCUCUUCCAAUGCUUUAGAUAUUGGGAUGUCUUGUUAACUUUUUAACGAAGAGGUUGCUUCCAGAAGAAGAUGGUGACUUAGUUACUUGGUAUGUUAUUGCAUCAAAACCAGAAAAAUAAUGGCACUUGUAGCACCGUCAAAAUUUUCUGCUGGUUCCAUUUCAGAUUACCUGAAGCGCCUAUUCUUCUUUCAAUUUCUAUAUUGAGGAGGAAAAAAAUUUGUGGAAAUGGAGAAGGUUUUGUUUUGUUUUUUCAAGAGUAAAUUCAAAUGUGAUCAUCCUAGAGCUUCAUGUGAAUUUUUUAUUUUAUUAUUAUUUAAAUGAAUUGGUGGGCGUUCCCCACAGUAUUUUUUCGCCAAUGCUUACGAUAGGGGGUAUCUUAUACUGGAAGCCGUAUUUUGGUCCUAAUACUUAAAUAUUCGACAUGUA